AUGCAGGCGGCCAAGGAUGGCGGCACAGAGUACGAUCCACGGGGCGUGGGCGCAUCGUGGAACCACUCUUUCCUGAUCAAGAAGCCCUGGCACCCCUCCAACUUCCGCAACAUGGCGCGGGUGUGGGAGAAGGAGCACGACCACUAUGAGGCGGAGAAGAAGAAAGCGGAUGCCAAGGCGGAGUUUGAGGCGGAACAGAACUUUCUUCAGACGCUGUCCAUGCUGAGCCCGGAGGAGCAGGAGAAGUAUCGGCAGCGCCAGUCGGUCUCCUUCCUCUACAUGAAGCCUCCGGGAUAUGACGCGGCGCUGGAGCGUGCCGAGAAGGCGCAGCAGGCGGGGCAGGCUGUGGGGCCUGGUGGCGAGGCGGUGCAGGGCGGCGCCCAGGCGCAGGCGCAGCAGCAGGGCCAGGCGGGCGGAGCGGGCGGCCAGCAGCAGCCCGGCCCCGGCCAGCAGCAGCAGCAGCAGCAGCAGGGGCGGGGGCGGCAGCAGGUGGCGGGCGGCCACCUGCAGAACAUGAUCAGCGGCAUGCAGGCGGUACAGCAGCAGCAGCAGCAGUACGAGCUCAAGCACCUGCCCUCCGCGGGGCGCAGCCCCCCUCGCGGCGGCGGCUCGCUGGAGGCGGCCAACCAGCAGUUUGUGGUGGGAGAGAUGGACAGCGAGGAGGAGGAGGAGGCGCUGCGGCUGGCUUCCAUGCCGCCGGGGGAGCGGCGGCGGCGCGAGAAGGAGGCCGCCAGGGCGGCGCGGCAGCAGGAGCGCGCGGCGGCGGACGCGGCGCGGCGGCAGGAGAAGGCGACGGCAGAGGCACAGCUGGAACAGGCCAAGGCAUUCCUGAGGGCUGCAGGCCUGGAGCUGCCCUCCGAUGGCGCCAGCAGCUCCGACAGCGGCGCCAGCAGCGAUACCGACGGCGGCGCCAGCAGCGGCGGCGGCAAGGGGGCUGCGGCCAGGCAGCAAUGCCGCAACGGCAGCGGCGCCGGCAAAGCGCACAUGAAGCGGAGCAAGAAGGAGAAGAAGGAGAAGAAGAAGAAGCGGCGCCGCAAGGACUGACUGUUGCUUCUGUUGUCGAUUGCCUCUUCACUCCAUUUCGUUUGCAAUGGGUUGAUUUCUUCCAGAUCUUGAUCAAUCUCGCCACUGGAAAUGGCAGUGCCUGC